AUGAUUAAGAGAAGAUUGAAUUUCAAUGGUGGGAAGAGCGAAAAUGCGGCGACAACGUCGUCGCGUGGGUCGAAAGAAGAAGAAGUAAAGUGUGAAAUGAGGCCCGGUGGCAUGUUGGUGCAGCAAAGAAGUGGGAAUUUUGGUGUUCCAUCUCCAAAAUUGCGUAUUAGAGUAGCUUAUGGUGCCCUUCGCUACGAGAUCGCUGCACACUCACUAGCAACAUUCGGGGAAUUGAAGAAGCUGCUAACGGUAGAGACCGGGCUACAACCUGGUGAACAGAGGAUUAUUUUCAGAGGAAAAGAGAGAGAAAAUGGAGAGUAUCUGGAUAUUUGUGGAGUCAAAGACCGCUCAAAAGUCAUACUAAUCGAGGAUCCAGAAAGCAUCGAGAGAAGAUUCAUUGAGAUGCGUCGGAAUGUUAAGAUCCAGACCGUUCAUCGCUUAAUCAAUGACGUAACUGAAGAGGUUGAUAAGCUGGCGGAUCAGGUAUCUGCAAUAGAGAAAUCAAUUGCAAGUGGUGAUAAAGUAGCAGAAUUACGGGUCACCACUUUAACUGAGAUGUUAAUGAGACAAGCUGUGAAGCUAGAUAGCAUCUCAACAGAAGGAGAUGCAUGUGCACUCAAGGAUUUCCAGGGCAAGAGAGUGCACAAGUGUGUGGAAACCCUAGAUUAUGUGCUCAAGGUAUCAAAUGAAAGGGAAAAACCUGUUAUAGUGACAACCAAGUGGGAAACAUUCGAUCAACUAUGCAACACCACCACGACUAACUGGCAACUUUUCGAGUAG